ACACAGAAACAUGGGGGAGAGCGGAGUAGCAGCAAUGGCAGUGACCUACCAGAAGUUUGACCCUGCAGCCUACCUGCAGUACAACUACAUACCACCCAGGGCUGAUUUUGAGAGAAAGGACAGCAUUGUGCCAUGGAAACUGGCAUGUCUGCACCGAGCAUUCACUGAGGGAGACGUAGGAGGUGAUCUUCUGAUUGAUGUCGGCUCAGGUCCCACACUGUACCAGGUGCUGAGCGGCUGUGAGAUCUUCAACAAAGUGCUCCUCACGGACUUUCUGGAGGUCAACAGACAGGUCCUGAAAAAGUGGCUGAAGGGAGAAGGGAGUAGCCUCGACUGGACCCCCUACAUGCAAUACGUGUGCAAACUGGAAGGACGAAGCCCCACUGAAUGGAAAGUGAAGGCGGCCCGCCUGCGUGAGGUGGUGUCUGAUGUUCUUCCCAUCGAUGUGCAUCGCGCUCAGCCCAUGGCCUCAGAUGCCCUCCCAUCAGAGGGGGCCGACUGCCUGGUGUCCUGCUUCUGCCUGGAGAGUGUCAGUCCUGAUCUGGACACUUUCACCAAGGCCCUGGGACACAUCGGGACCCUUCUGCGUCCUGGAGGACACCUGCUGCUCAUUGGAGCGCUACAGGAGAGUUAUUACUUUGGGGGACCAGGGUUGAAGAUCCCGGUGGUCCCCCUGAACGAGGCUCAGGUGUGUGUUGCUCUGCAGGAGCAGGGCUACUCCCUCAUACGACUCGAGGUCUACACUCUGCCCCAGGACAUGAAGGUGGGUGUGGACGAUGUCUGCGGGGUGUUUUUUGUCAAAGCAAAAAAGAAUUAA